AGAAGACGAGAAGAACACCCAUGUCUACGUCUCCGGCCUGCCGCCCAGCAUCACAGAGUCCGGUUUCGUUGAACUAAUGUCCAAAUGCGGUAUGAUCAUGAACGAUCCACUGACAGAGAAGUUGCGUGUGAAGCUGUACAAGGACGCCGAGGGCAAAAACAAGGGCGAUGGUCUCUGCUCCUACAUUAAGAUCGAGUCAGUUGACUUGGCUCUACAAAUUCUCGACGGGGCGCUCUACGAACCCGGCUACACGCUGCAUGUGGAGCGUGCGAAGUUCCAGCCGAAAAAAGACUUUGAUGCCACCAAACACCGACGACUGACGGCGAAGGAGAAAAAGAAGUUCAAGAAGCAGCAGGAAAAACUCUUCAAGUGGGGCGUUGAUGCAAGCAGGCUCAUUCGUGGAAAGAAAGAGCGUGUGGUCAUCCUGAGGAGUGUUUUUGAUGAAGCUGACCUGGGGGUUGAUGUCAGCCUCAUUCCAAUUGUUCGCGAGCGCGUUCGCAUCCAGUGCGCAAAGGUCGGCGUGGUGAAGAAGAUUGUGGUUUACGAUUCUCAUAAGGAGGGCAUCGUCUCGGUGACAUUCAGCAGCCCCGAGGAGGCCGAUGUGGCCAUCAAAUUCCUCGAUAAGGCCCUCUUUACGUAUCCCGCACCAGAUCCCGAUGGUUGUGGUGAGCACAACCAAGGCCAAAGGACGCGGAUCCUGUCCGUGGCUCGUUGGGAUGGGCAGGAGAGUUUCAAGAAGACGGAAGAUCAAGAGGACGAGGAGGCCCGAAUAGCGCGUUGGAAUAAGUUCCUCGAGGGCAAUGAAGCCAAGGAGGAGGAGGAGGGGAGCAGUGACGAGGAAGAGGCGGGGACUGCUGCAGCAACAACAGAAGACAAAGCCGAUACCCUGAUCGCAGAGGCCGGUGAACCUGAGGAAGAGCCUGUGGACACUGACGAG